CAACGAAUUAACGGAAAUCCCACUAGCUGGAUAAGGUGUAGCAAGCUUUAAGCAUUUGUUGUUUCUGUGUGUAAGAUUAGUGUAUUGCUACUUCUACAAGUAUGAGGAUGAACAGUUUACGGAUAGUAUGUGGUUUGUUUCUUGUGCUCCCUUUUUCCGUCUCCGAUCCUCGCAAAAGUAUCCGCUAUCAACCACCGAAGCCACGAUUUGAAAUUUUUGAUCCUCAAGGACUGAUCGUGUGGAUUAAUGCUGAUCCAGGCAUUAGUUCCUUCACGUUUCACGGCAAACUUAAUCAACAGUUUACCCAGCACUACGAUGUGGGACGAUGGGCACAAACGAUAACCAAAAUUAAAAAUGGCCGUUACCUAUUCAUUGACCGAGAGGCUAAACUCGUGCCUGGCGAUACCAUAUUCUACCGCACAGUGAUCGUACGUAAUGGGCAAACGUAUCGGACAAAUUCUGGAUCGUUUACCGUGCAAGAGUUACGGCCCGCAGCUACCCCACCACCUACAUCCGGUUCCAACUUUGCGGUACGUUCUGCUACGACCGAGAUGUCGUACCCUUACGUGCUAACUCCGAAUGAACGACGCACUAAAGACGUGAGAUCAACCGCUACGCAAACUGAUGAAUUUGAGGAUCGCAUGGCUAAGGGUUGCACCAAGGGUUACACCACAGUAAAUGGGCAAACCGUUUGCGAUGGUCAAUCGUUGUUUGAAGAUGAUUUUAACGGACACACCUUGGAUAUGCAGAAAUGGCGCAUAGAGAACCGUUUCGCGUCCGAUCCAGACAAUGAGUUUGUCGUUUACGCUGAUUUUAAGGACAACAUAAGGGUGCAGAACGGCAAGCUAGCGAUCAGACCUACUCUGUUUGAAGAGAAAUUUGGGCCCGGUGCAACGACGAAACAAUUCCGGUUUGCCGAAGAGUGUACGGGUCAUCGUAGUUCGCGAGACUGUAUACGUGACACUAAAAUAGAUUUUGAUAUGAUACCACCGGUACUUACUGCGCAAAUUACCACCAUUAAUAGCUUCAGAUUUAUGUAUGGAAGGGUGUUGAUUCGAGCAAAGCUACCGGUAGGCAAUUGGAUAUUCCCGCAAUUGUACCUCAUCCCAGCCACCGACUUUUAUGGACGAGAUGGUUAUGCUUCUGGACUGAUGCGCGUUGCAUUUGUGCCCGGUGGACCACGCUUGCGAAACCAACUAUCUGGAGGGCUGAUAGUAAGUGAUCGUGAACCGUUACGCUGUUCGAAGAUGUGCACGUUGACUAGAAACGUGCAAUGGAAUGCUGAUUAUCAUGAGUAUGGCCUAAAGUGGACACCGGAAGGUAUAUGGAUGGAAGUAGAUGGAGAAGUGUACUGUACGAUUGACCCAGGAGAAGGAUUUCACAAGGACAUUCUAGCUAGUAAACCCCAAAUCGCGAACCUGUGGCGACUCAGCGGCACUCGAAUGGCUCCCUUCGACAAAGAAUUCUAUCUAGGGCUUGGGGUAGGUGUCGGUGGACAUAACGAUUUCCAUCAGUUUGAAGGCAAGCCUUGGAAAGAUUUGGGCGUGAAAGCGAUGUACACGUUUUGGAACGCUCGAGACAGUUGGUAUCCUACUUGGAACGUGAACAGCACCAUGUUGAUAGAUUUCGUUCGUGUUUUUGGAGUUUAAAAAGAUAGUUUUAAUGAUUUUCAUUUAGUCCAGCGCAUAGUGUAGCAUUCGGUUGAUAAAGUGCGUAAACGUACAACACGUUUGUACUGUUGUAAAAAUAUUCAAAAUCAGGAAUACCAUCUCAA